AUGGCAGGUCAUGGAUCAUCAUCAUGUGGAGCAUGCAAGUUCCUAAGGAGGAAGUGCACCUGCGACUGCGUCUUCUCUCCUUACUUCAGCUACGAACAAGCUUCAUCCCAUUUUGCAGCGGUCCACAAAGUCUUUGGCGCAAGCAAUGUCUCGAAACAUUUACUUCAGUUGCCUCUUCAUCAACGAAGCGUCGCUGCUAUCACUAUCUCCUACGAGGCUCUCUCUCGCAUGCGUGAUCCUGUUUAUGGCUGCGUUGCUCACAUCUUCGCUCUUCAUCAACAGGUUGUGAGUUUACAAGAAGAAAUUGAGUUUCUUGGAUCACAGAUGACGAACUUAUCGUACUCUAAUCAAAACGGUUCACACCUUAAUACCAACGUACCGGAGUUUGUGAAUCAGGUGACAACAGUGGAUACGACCAAUUUCGUCGACGAGAUCAGUGUUUGGAACAAUCAUGACGACGGAAGAAACUGUGUUGAUGGGUUCUUCAUGAACUCAGAUGAAAUGGUCGUGAAUCAUACAUGGCUUCAGAACACGGAUUAUUAUUACUACGCAUCACAAAACUAG